UGUGAACGUUCGUAGCGUUUAUAUUUGUACCUUGUCUUCAGUCGAGCAUCGUCUCUUCUCUAGCUCUCAUCAACCGCUAUGGAGGAUAAGAACGCGUCCGGGAAUACUGCCGCGGUGGAAAAUACAGCCGCAGGUUCUCCGCCAACGAAGAAGGCCGCCAAGUCCAAGGCGAAGACCCAACGGCCGAAGUCGUCGCACCCGUCGACGGCGAAGAUGGUCACGACCGCUAUCAAGGAGCUGAAGGACCGCAAGGGUUCGUCCGUGCAGGCGAUCAAGAAGUACAUCGCCUCGACGUACAAGGUCGACGGCGAGAAAUUCGCGCCCUUCAUCAAGAGGUACUUGAAAGCAGCGGUGACGUCCGGCGCAGUGGUGCAGACCAAGGGUAAAGGCGCGUCGGGUUCGUUCAAGUUGGCAGUCGUGAAAUCUGGCACGGAGGACAAGGAGAAGCGCGGCACGAAGAAGUUGGCCGCGAAGAAGGCCGCGCCGAAGAAGAAGGCCGUGGUAGCGAAGAAGGCGCCGGCGGAAAAGAAACCGGCUGCAGCCAAGAAGACCCAGGCCGAGAAGAAGCCAGCGGCGCAGAAGAAGACCGCCAAGACGGCGGCGGCGAAGAAGGUUGAGGCCGCAGCGAAGCAGAAGGCGGCGGCGCAAGUGAAGAGCCUGUCCAAGACCAAGAAGGCCACCAAAGCACCGGCCGCCAAAACCAAGACGCCGAAGCCGAAGACCGCCAAAGCUGCUCCUAAGACCGCGAAGGCAGCGAAAAAAUAAUUCUCUGACGCAGAUACACACAAUUGGCCCUUUUCAGGGCCCUAAUUCUCUCAUACGUUGAAUUACCUCGUAGUCGUAAUCAAUUUUUCAGCAUUUCAUCCACCUUUCAAUCAUAACCUCAAAAAAUCAAAAUUUCACUCAAUACUUUAUUGCAGAAAACGUAAAAGAAAACCUUGAGUGUUAAGGCAGAUUAGGUUAGGUUAGAUUUUCAAGGUUAGAAUUUCUAGAAAGACUGAAUAGUUGUAUUUAUUCAAGUUCGAAAAGGAUAGACUAAUCAAAUAGAGUAACAGAACCUUUCAUUUUUUAUUUAUAACUUCAUUACAUUUUAAAUCAUUUUCCACUUAUCAAGUAUUAUCAUAAAAUAUUUUACUCAGUACUUAUUAAUUGCGUCACAAUAAUAGAACAAUGAAUCAUGAGCAAAGCAGCAAAGAGUCAUUCCAUAAUGUCUCACGUCGCGUCCUACUUAAAUUAAUUAAAAAGUCGCAUAUUGUAUAUUUCUAAGCGUUAAAUAACAGUCAAUUAGUUUGAA